AAAAAAACCAAAGGCUCCAUUUUGUUUCAUUCAGGGUUUUUUGCCGUCAUCGUCGACAGCUAACUUGUAUCCAAACACACACACUCAGCCUUACAACCACUUAACGGCACAUUUAUUUCCAUUAUCAAAAUGAGUGGAUGUCGUAUUUUCAUCGGCCGACUGAGCCCCUCUGCCAGAGAGAAGGACGUGGAGAGGUUCUUCAAAGGAUACGGCCGAAUCCGAGAUAUCGACCUCAAGAGAGGCUUUGGGUUUGUGGAGUUUGACGACCCCAGGGAUGCUGAAGACGCAGUGUAUGAGCUUGAUGGCAAAGAGCUGUGCAAUGAAAGGGUGACCAUCGAGCACGCCCGCGUCCGCCUGCGUGGCGGUCGUGGCAGGGGCGGCAGUGGUGCAGGAGGAGGUGGAGGAGGAGGACGUUUCUCUGAUCGCUACGGCCGAGGCUCCCAGAACAGUCGGAGUCGGAAUCCUCCUCCAAUGCGGACUGAAAACCGCCUGAUCGUUGAGAAUUUGUCCUCCCGUGUCAGCUGGCAGGACCUCAAAGAUUUCAUGAGACAAGCUGGAGAGGUGACAUUCGCUGACGCACACCGGCCCAAGCUCAACGAAGGGGUCGUUGAGUUUGCCUCUUACAGCGACCUGAAAAAUGCCCUUGAGAAACUGUCUGGAAAGGAAAUCAAUGGCAGGAAAAUCAAGCUCAUUGAAGCAGCCAAGAAGAGGUCCAGGAGUCGUUCCCGGUCAGAGAGCUCCUCCCGAUCACGAUCCCGCUCUCGCGGUCGCUCCGCAUCCCGCUCCCCCAGGCGCUCCCGCACCCCCACCAAGGCCCACGAUCGCUCGCGCUCCCGCAGCGGCUCCCGCGCCGGCAGCUCUUCGCCUUCCAAAUCCAAGGAGCCCGCCAAGCGCUCCUCCAACAUGAGGAGCAAGUCGGCCACGCCGCCGUCCCCUCCGCCCGCCCAGAGAGCCUCCGUGUCCCGUUCGCGCUCUCGCUCGCGUUCCCGAUCGCGUUCUCCGUCCACAGACAGCCAACGCUAGCGCGUGCUAAUGUUUAGCAGGAAUCAACAGUAGGAACAACUCUGAUGCUCCCAUGAACCUUUCUGACAAACGAGACGACAGUUUUUCCUCGAGUAAAGUUUUGUGGGGUUUUUUUUACCGUCUGGAUUUUUUUUCCCUCUUCCCACGUUUGUUUUCCACGGUAAACCACGUCGGACGCAGCGAUAUUUCAUCGUCGUUAUCGGACAUCUGCGUUAAUAAAUUACAGAUUCAGUGUUACGGUUCAGGUGAGACGCGCUCACACUGAGUGACUCGCGCCGACUGAACCGCUCUUAACGGAUUUAAGCUUCAUUAAACUUUUUUUUUUUUUUAAGAAACUUUUUCAGAGGGAAUCUGUUAAAGCAGCAGGCAACGGGAUGCUUAUGAAAAGUUGUAUGACCACUUUUUUUUGUCAAAGUCUCGUGGCUUAUUUUUAAAUCUCUGAUGUACCUUUUUAUUUGCUUUGUAUGGAACGUGAGAUGCUUUGCAUGCAGUUUUUCUGUUUGAACACAAGUGAGGAAAUCAUGGUUAAUAUUUUUUUGUGCUUAAACAGGAACAUAUACUUCAAAUUGAACACAUUUCUCCCCCCUCUCCAGAUGACCGAGCUUCUGUACAGAACUAAAUUGUAGCUUUGUAGUAAGUUUUGUUUUUUAUUUUGGUUUUGUGUACAGCUUUGUUUUUACAUGACUGUAUAAAUGUAAUUCCAAGGAAACGUUGGUACUGUGACACAUGCACACCUAUGAGAAUUUCUUUUUUUUUUUUUUACCUAAAUUUGUUUUUUUUCAGUGAGAAAAGUUGGAGGACAUUUGUAUGCUGUAGGUAGGCAGUGGACUCAAUAAAAUCAUUUUAAAUUAAA